GUUGUAGAAGGAGAAAGAAGCCCCCAGGCCAGUGCAGGCAGGCAGCCCUCAGCUUGCACCUGAUGUCCCCUCCCUGCAGGUUCCUGUCCUUGAGCCCAGGCCCUGAGGUGAGGCUGAGAAGUGGCGCGGAGGUGAGCCCAGAGCUGUCCCUGAGGAUUUCUCCUUCCCAAAGCUUGGCCAGAUGAAGGAGGCUGCGAGGAAGAGGAAGAUGCCUUGGGCCCCCCAGGCAGGCCCCGAGCUGAGGAUGGAGAGCCCGGAGGACAAAUCCCCCCGGCAGAGCCUGGUGGGAGAGGCCGUUUUGAAGGGCUCCCCGGCGCAGGAAGGCAGCAGGGAGGAAAAGGGCAGGAGAUCCCCCCGCAGGAGGGGCUCCAAAGCCAGCCCAGGGUGCUCUGAGGAGGAAAGAGCCAGCCUGUGCCGGGAAGGCGGCCGGAGCUUGAGGGGGAGCUCUGACCUGGUGGGGCCUGAGCAACCUCCCAGCAGGGAGAAGCCCUUCAGGUGCUUGGAAUGUGGGAAGAGGUUCAAGGCCAGCACCAAACUUCUCAUCCACCAACACAUCCACACUGGGGAACGGCCCUACACGUGUGGGGAGUGUGGGAAGAGCUUCAACUGCAACCCCAACCUGAUCCAACAUCAGCGCAUCCACACUGGGGAACGCCCCUACACGUGUGGGGAAUGUGGGAAGAGCUUUAGGCAGAGCUCCACAAUGAUCCUACACCAGCGCAUCCACACUGGGCAGAAGCCAUACAAGUGUGGGGAAUGUGGGAAGAGCUUUAGGCAGAACUCUGUCCUCCUCGUCCACCAACGCAUCCACACCGGGGAACGACCCUACAAGUGCUUGGAAUGUGGGAAGAGGUUUAGGACCAGCUCACAUCUCCUCCUGCACCAGCGGACACACACGGAUGAGAGGCCCUUCCGCUGCACCGACUGCGGGAAGAGCUUCAGCCAGAAUUCCUCCCUUGUCACUCACCGACGCAUCCACACCGGGGAGAGGCCCUACAAGUGUGGGGAGUGUGGGAAGAGCUUUGCCCAGAGCGGUACCUUGACCAAACAUCAACAGACCCACCGGUAAGAGAAGCGCCUCGAGUGCCCUGACUGCGGGAAGAGCUUCGACUGCUGCUGCUGCUGCAACUCUAUCAGCCAUUGAAGGACCCACG